AGUGUGUCUGCAUCACAAUCAAGAUCAUGUGUGAUGUUUUGAUUGUCACUUCACACGGCAAAAACUGACAAGAGAUAUUUUACGGUGAUUCUAUACCACACAAUAUCAUGCAAAAUCAAGCGUAAUUUGAGCACACACGUCAUAUCAUUUUCUCAACCAGUUGGAAAUACUUUAUAAAUUGCUAUAAUCUCACCAUGGAUUCAACAGAAGACGUCUCCGGCAAUACCAAGACUACACAAGGCCGUAUCGUACUCGAUGCCCAACCACAACAAGUGAAAGUUAUUUUGCAGAGCUUUGUUAACUUCUUACAGGGUGAAAAUAAAUAGUAUAUCAGAAAUAUCCCAAUACGGAAGAAUGAACAAAGUCCAAAGCAACUAUGACAUGGACGCUUGCAUGGUAUCAGAAAAGAAUUACGCUAAAGGUUACGAAGAUAACCGAAAAAGCCAAAGUGAAGUGUCUGUGAUAGAAAGUGUCCACGACGACGUCAGCAAAUCGCUCAACAGAAGUGAUCAGAUAACAUUGACGCCAUUUUUCACCAUCAUUCAAGAAGUGGUCCCUGCGACACUCCAAAAAACAGACUCUAAACGACAAAUGCUGAAGACGAAAAAUAAACUCUCCUUGGCCAAACUGACCCGUCAGAUGAACAAAAAAUCCGGCAUUUUGGACGCGUUCAAGUCCGCUCUGAUGAGUAACGCAGACAUCGAUGAGUAUGAAGUCUUGGACAAAGUCGUUGAAGAUAUGAAUGAAGAAAUCCGCCGUUUGUCUACUACGUUGCUUGAUAUGAAAAAGUUGACUGCAACCAAAGUGAUUAUUGAUACCAAGAAGGUCAAUAAUAACAAUAUGCCGGAAAAUGAGCAAAGAUUAGCUAUUCCUGCAGUUUUAGCUUCAGAGGAAAAGUCUAAAGAGGAAUCGGAGAAACAUGCAGUUUCGUCAUCAUUUGCUGCUGUUCCAUACGUAGAAUCGAAUAAUUCGCUGACAGAAGCUAUACCAGAAGCGGAGACAACCAAAUUGUCAGAAUCGAUAGCGCAACUUGUACCUGACGUUUAUCGUAGACCUGCUGUUACUGAUCUUCAUAUCAAGUUGCUGGUGCAAAUCGAAGCUAACGAUAGCUACAUUUGCUUCCAGAGGCUUAUGAACAGGGACUUAAGGGGCAAACUGCACCGUCGCAAGUCCCAGAUCCGCCAGUUGCUCAUGACUGAAGGGCAGAUAACAAGACCCCGGCUAGACACCGGUCCACCUCCGCUGCCUACCCAGAAGACCGUCAGCAACAGCAGUUGCAUCUCCACCAAGACAGCUCAUUAUGUCAAUGACCUAAAGAAGAAGUAUGAUGGCAGUCUGUGGUUCGCUGAGAAGCAGAUCCUCAAAAAGCCGCACGAGAAAAAGUUGCAUAAGGCGAAAAAACAUGCUGGGUUCGCAAGCAGCCAGGCAAGCAUAGGAAACUCGGUGAUCAACUUUGUCUCGAAGGUCAAGUUGAGUAAAACAGGCCUUCUUCUAUCGGACCGAUCCAAAACAAGUGUCAAGAGGUGUCACACGGCUGCAAGCAAGCCACGAUCAGUCGAAAGAGCAACUGACUUAAAGAAGACCAAGAGUUUGAUGUCCAAGAGCUCACUGGACCCAGGGAUUGCAAGUAAGCAUCAGGUACGCGUGAUAAACGAUGCUCCCGCUUCUCCAAGUACCAAGUACAAAAUGCAGUGCAUGAAAGCUCGAACUAUGCUAUCUCCAAACAGGCAUCUUGGACAUGUGGACAUCUUGGACGACUUGACUGAAAAGGAUCUCCUCCCUCUACAAUCCGAAUACCCUCGCCGAGACAACAUGACCGAAAAGGUGGAAUCCAGAGACGUAGAAGACACCUACCUCUACAAGAUCCUCCACAGCAAAUACAACUCGAAAGCGACCUGGUCCCACCUGAUCGAACCAUGGGUGGAGUGUUCGGAAGAGAAAUGUCAAGUGUGCAGUUCGGCCAAUGAGAAGCGAGGAGGAAAUAAGCCAAAAACCGGCGUCGGGGAGCUCCUUCCCCCUGUAUAUGAUCGUUGCAUCAUGACCAAAGAGCAAAUGGUCAAGAAACUCCUCCCCUACAUGAUAGACCCAUCAAACACAGCAGCAGCCGCUAGCAACUUCCGAACCGUGACAGUGUUGCCGGUGCAAGUGGUGUACGACAAGCACCAGGUGCCUGUGGUGAAUGCUGAACAGCCUACGAAAAUGGCGUCCACAAAACCUGCAGGCGCCCCGACGAAAUUGCCCCUUUUGCCUAUGAAGGAAUCCAGGAUGCAUUCGGUUAGGGGCACCUGGGCGGCCCCUACCCAGCAGAGCCCUACUCAACAUCAUCCCCGACCUAUGAAGGUAGUAUAUGAUGGGCUGCCUAACAAACCUCUCGAACUACUGACACCAGCGCCAAAACCUGAAACUCCAUUAGACGCUAUGAACAUGUCAAUCAGUUUGACAUCCAAAAUCUAUUCAAACAGCGCUAGGUGCAAAGAUGAAAAGAAAUCUUUAACUGGAGCUCGCCAGAAGACUAGCAGGUCGUUCUCUCCGAGGGGUUUUUCAAAUUACUGCACUGCUUACGAUUCAUCAUCGGCCAUGAAGAGGAAUUCACCUAUAUCAGGAAGAAAUGACACGAAGCAAAAGCAGGAAAAAUCCCCGACUAAGGUUCUACAGUCUAAGAAACUUCCUUACAUGCCUGACAGAAGACAUCAGAGGAACUUCAUCUACGGGAAAACCGUCCAGCAACAACUUGUAAGCUUCGUCGAACGCCAAACAGAAGUGUAUAGUGUUCCAAGGCCGAAAUACGCUGAGCCGGUGAUAAAAAAUCAGGCAGUGGUGGUGGCACAACCGCCACCGACCAACCAGAACGCCACAAAUAGCGUUUCUAUACCAGUCCCCACCGUUACGGUUCCAUCGCCCAAAAAUCAGCUCACGCCAACCCCCAAGAAUUUACCAAUAACCCACGAAGAUCGACCAAAAAGUGUCCCAAGCCUCAGACAUAAUCUGAUGUUGGCUCAAUUAAGAGGGCUUAAGGACAAAAACGACACGAUCCAAAGCAACAUACAAAAAGCGAUCAACGUGAUUGAAACCAAAAUGGUGCACAUUUUGAGCACUCCUGCUGAUAGUAGCAGUGUGGAAGCAUUCGACGAUAUGGAAAAAGAAAUAACAAACGUAUUGAGUAUGAUGAAGAAUCAGGCUCUCGGAGAUGCAGAAAAAACAAGUAAUAAGAGAAAGAGGGGCACUGGUAAUAAUCCUGAUAAGAUCGAAGAAGAGUUCACGACGAUUUCAGAUGAGCUGUUCAAGAAACUGGAUCAGAUUUUAGAUUCUGAGAUAUCCAGAUGCAGUUCAACGACAGAACGAACUGAUAGACAAGAACACGUGGGGACAAAUAAUAAAAAGACCAACAAAAAUAACUUACUGUCGUCGUCAAUAACAACUUCAGUGGAAGAAAUAACCGAUGGUACUCGACAUAUGAAGCCACAUAAAAAAAGCGAAAAAUCAAGGAAAUUUUCCGCAAUGUCAGUGAAAAGUUCUCCGAGGCUGGAAGUUACAGCGGGCUGUUCUGGUGAUCAACAAAAAGAGAUUACAAGCGAUUUUGGCACAACUGUCAAACAAGAAACCCCCGAAGAAAACAAGAAACAAAGUACUUCAGAAGAUACGAAUAGCAACGGAGAUUUUGUUGACGGUAUCAAUGCGAAUGCGAUACGUGAUUUUGAAAAUGUGGACAGAAGUGCUACUACUGAAUCAAACAAGGAUGUUCUUGAUUCCGAACCGAAAACUGAAGACAUUUUAUCGUUAAAUAAUGCCGAGAUGGACCUUCUUGCGUCCAUAGAUUUUCCUGAGGUACCAACACACAUUCCAGAAAGGGAACAACCAAAGGCAGAGACGCCAAAACAGAUCGCAGAAGAGAUCCUACCAGAGCCAGAGACGUCCAAACAGAUCGCAGAAAAUAUCCUACUAAAUUUGUUGGAUGCCCCGUACAUCAGAGACAUUCCCAAGGUGCUGUACGAGAUCUCAAACGCUACUUCACAUAUUCCAGAACAUGAUGAUCCAAAACCAGUUAAGCGAGAAGCUGCUCAAGAAGCUGAGACUGACAAGACUCAAGAAGAACCAAAGCAUGUGGAUCAAAGAAACACAAUUUCUGAGCUGGAGGAUCAAAUUGAAAUCAGUGUAGAUCCAGAAACCAUAACAUCAGCGCUUAAAACAGAAAAUGAGAACGAGACCCUUGAGAGUUUCUCAGAUAAUGUCAACAAGAUCAUACAGAGGGUUGAGGAUAUCUACAGCCAACUAGAUGACAUCCAAAAUGCGGACGUCUCUUCGAUAGACGAGCCAAAAUUCUUCUCUCCUGAGGAACUUGCUGACGUACCAAGGUUCAAAGAUGAAUCUCCUUCAGUACCAAAAAUCGACAGCAAAGAAUUUUUGACACCAUUCAUGAAAGGCGUGAAAGAAAAACGUACCAAUCUCGAGUCGCCUACAAACAUCGAGCGAAGUCCAUCUCUGUACAACGUUCUAACUUUUUUAGACACGUUGACGAGCAUGAAAAUAGACAAAACAGGAGAGGUACAUAUUGCAAGGCUAGUUCAUUACGCUAUUCCUCUCACAGAGGCUGAAGUGUGGUAUUUUGCUUACAUGCAUCAUAUUUGCGUAUUAGAACCACCUCCGAGUUGUUUGAGAAAGAACAAGAAUGAGUUGAAACAUAGUAAACAGAAAAAGGUGUCUUUUUUAGUGAGAAAAGAGAAUAAGGAAAGCCAGGUCGUGAUGUGCCCCAUGCAUAGCAAACUCAAGCUGCUCAAGGUAUCUUCAGAACAAUUUCCACCACUGGACAGACAAACAUACGAUGAGAAAAAAGAAAUUCCAACAGUUAUGAAAGGAGAAGCUCAAGAAACUGAUAGAAAUAAAGAUUUGAAAGGACCUCGACCAGGGGCAGGUCACAAAGAUCACAAAAAACCACUUAAAAUAGAAAUGCAAAAAGUAAUUAAAGCAGAGUAUGAAGAUACCAAAUGUCACCAUCAUCAAAUCAAAAUUCCAGUUUUUCACGACUUGGAAAAUAAUGAUGAAACUGCACCAUAUGAAGAAGCCUUGGAUCAAUGUGAGAAUGAACAUCUGGACGAAACUCCGAGUGAAGUAAAAGUAGAUCCAGCCAUUUCAAAGAGCAUUUCGAUAAAAAGUGAAAGAGAAACAGGUGUGCAUGGGACCAAGAGCGUUAAGGAGGAUGAAAUAUCGGAAUGCAAAACCACAACUAGCGAGCAAAAAUCUACGGAAAUGUCACUAGAUGAUAAAUCCACGCAAGUGUAUUGUCACAUUGAGAUACCUCAAAAGAGUAUGGAAGAAGUAAUAAAGUUAGAAUCUUCUAUAGAUGGAGAAUAUACAUACAAUAGCAAUGAGUCCACUGAUCAACCAAAAGUAAAAAUCUACAUAGACAAUUCUGACAUAAGCAUUCCAAAGAUCAUAUCUAUCACAGAUGGCGCUUACGGUAAGGAAACGCUACUGAAGGUGCAGGAUUCAAAGUGUAACUUAAGACCUCCUUCAAAAGUUGUGGUGUUCAGAGAAGUGAUUGAUACUAAAGGAAUGUUGAGGCCAAUACAAGAUCUGAACAAGUUCAAAAGUUAUUUUGUUCCAAAGAGAAACUUUCUGACUUUGCCUUCAAAAACGAUGGUGCCUACCCAAGCAGAAUUACGUAAAAUUGGAGAGGAAAAUAAAACGUUGUUGAAGUCAUUUUAUGCUAUCGUCUAUAUAAUAAUCUUUACGGCCCUUAAUAUGGAGUACAGGUGUGCCUAGAUGUCAGUUGAAAUUCUACAUCUGGUUGAUGUUUUUCAGUUUUUUUUGUAAAUAGUUUGUACUUACUAGAAUCUACCAGUCAUAACAGCAAAAAGCUUAUGUAUAUUUUUGUAAAAAUACAUGAGUGGAUAAUAUAA